AUGCUGGCGCCGUCCCCCAGCGCCGGCGGCGGCGUCGGCGCCGAGCGCGCGCUGCUGGCGGGCGGCUUCCUGCUCUUCUCGUCCACCGUGGCGCUCUUCUGCCUGGAGCGCAAGCGCCACCGCCAGCGCGUGUGGCGCCAGCGUCUCACCUACAAGAAGCUCUCCAAAUCGUCGGAUCUGGGCGCGUCCUUCGGCCUGGACAUCGGGGGGACGCUAGCCAAGAUCGUGUACUUUGAGCGCCGCGACGUGGGCAACGAUACGCGCAAGCGGCCGCGCUCGGCGUCGCUGGACGUGGCGGCCGGGGAGAUGAACCAGUUCCUGCGCGAGAACCAGUCGUUCGGCAGCACGGGCGUGCAGGACGUGCGGCUGAGAAUCCACUCCAAGACGCUCAACGGGAUCUUCCACUUUGUCCGGUUCGAGAGCAACAAGACGCGCGAGGCGAUCGAGUUCAUUGCGAACAAAGGUAUCAACCAGUCGCUGAGGAUCCUGCCGUGCACGGGCGGAGGCGCCCACAAGUACGGACAUGUUUUCAACGAGAUGGCUGGCAUUGAGCUCGAGAAGUACGACGAGAUAGACUGUACCAUUUUGGGACUGCAUCUGCUGCUUACGACGCUGUCCGAUGAAGUGUACACCUUUGAGGUUGUGGACUUUAACUCGCUCGCAGCCUCGCGGGUGAAGGUCAUCCAGACGGACGUGAACGAAGAUGUGUACCCGUAUCUGCUGGUCAGUAUUGGCUCUGGUGUAAGUGUCCUAUAUGUGAAGGCCCCCGGGGAUUAUGAACGUGUGAGCGGUAGCAGCAUUGGCGGCGGCACCUACUGGGGGCUUUGUCGUCUGAUGACGCACUGCGAAUCGUACGACGAGGCGUUGGAUUUGUGUGUCCACGGUACCAACAAAACGGUUGAUAUGAGCGUGGGGGACAUCUACGGCGGCGCGUACGACAAGUUUAAGCUGCCGGCGUCCACCGUCGCCAGCAGUUUCGGAAAAAUGAUUUCGACUUCGCGCGAAAACGUGAGCGAAGCGGAUCUGGCCCGGUCGCUGCUGGUUAUGAUCACCCAGAACAUUGGUCAGGUCGCUUUUCUGAACGCGACCUUGUACAAGACCAAGAACAUUUUCUUCGUUGGCAACUUCCUCCGGCACAACAAGAUUUCAUCACGGACACUGGCGUACGCUAUCAAUUUUUGGUCGAACGGAGCGAUGGAGGCUCGCUUUUGCAAGCACGAGGGCUAUUUAGGAGCGCUGGGUGCGUUCUUGCGACACGCAGAGGUAACGAACGCCCACGGUCAAGAGUUUGUGUCCGCAACGAGAGGAUCGAGUCGAUCAUCCUAG